AUGGAAACGAAAGAAGUGGUGGUGUUAGUGGUACCAUUUGUAGCACAAGGUCAUCUCAACCAACUCCUCCACCUGUCCCGUCUCCUUUCCUCUUAUAAUCUACCGAUCCAUAUUGUCGGCACCACCACCCACAACCGCCAAGCAAAGCUUCGUAUCCAUGGUUGGGAUCCCACCUCCGCCAUUAAUAUCCAUUUCCAUGAGUUUGAGACACCCAAUUUCGAAUCCCCUACUCCGGACCCUAAUGCUUCCGACAAAUUCCCUUCACACCUUCUUCCAUCGUUUCAUCUACCAUCUACUCUUCGUGAACCUUUUGCAAAACUAUUGGCUGAUAUUGCUCCGACAACCAGGCGAGUUAUCAUCGUUCAUGACUAUCUAAUGAGCACAGUCGUUCAAGAUGUGGUUUCAUAUGAAAACGCAGAAGCUUAUGUCUUCCAUUGUGCUUCAGCUUUUACCACGUUCUCGUACCUUUGGGAAGGGAAAGGAAAACCAUGUUUAGAUGAUGAUGAUGAAUCCUAUAAACAACUUACAAAGGUCCCUGCUUUUGAAGGAUCUAUACCAGCAGACUUUAUAGAAUCCAUGAUGAGUCAUCAAGUCUGCAAUACGUUUAAUUCGGGUAAUCUUCAUGACACAUGCAACGUUUUCGAUAGGCAAUUCAUUGACUAUCUUGCGAAAGAAGGAUUGUCUGGAAGUACAAAGCAAUGGGCUAUGGGGCCUUUUAAUCCAGUGGCCAUAAGCGAUAAAGAAAACCUUGGGAAACGUCACAUAUCGCUAGAAUGGCUUGACAAACAAGCUAAAGACUCGGUGAUAUAUGUUGCAUUUGGCACAACAACUUCAUUAUCCGAUGACGAGAUCCGAGAACUUGCUAAUGGAUUAGAGAAUAGUCAACAUAAGUUUAUUUGGGUUCUACGAGAUGCUGAUAAAGGAGAUAUCUUCGAUGGCGAAGUUAGGAGAGUUGAAUUGCCAAAAGGGUUUGAAGAGAGACUUGGAGAACAAGGAUUGGUGGUGAGAGAAUGGGCACCACAGUUAGAGAUACUAGCUCACCCUGCAACAGGCGGAUUUAUGAGUCACUGUGGUUGGAAUUCGAGUAUGGAGAGCAUCACCAUGGGAGUUCCUAUAGCUGCAUGGCCAAUGCAUUCAGAUCAACCAAGAAACGCUACGCUAGUAACAGAGGUGCUAAAGACUGGCAUAAGUGUAAGGGAUUGGGAGCGUCGUGGUGAGUUAGUAACAUCUUCAACUAUUGAAACAAGUAUUCGGAAAUUGAUGGCUUCUGAUGAGGGAGAUGCCAUGAGGAAGAGAGCUGCUAAACUUGGUGAUGAUGUUAGGCGCUCGGUAGAAAAAGGCGGAGUAACACACAUGGAGAUAGAUUCAUUUAUUUCUCAUAUUACUAGAUAG